AUGUAGAUCGGAUAGAGACAUGCUACGUGUUAGCAAGCUAGCAGCUAGCUAGCAGUAGUAGAAGCAAGGCACUUCGUACUUUUGAUGCUGUCCGGCGAAUAUGUCGUCGCUAUGGAUUAUAUCAGUGCGGUGUUUUGAGGCAGCGCAAUGCCACUGAAAUACCGUUUGGCUUUGUUCGGCUACCUUUAUUGUUUCAGAUAGCGGCACACAGCUAAUGUUGGACUAUGGCGCCCCGCUUACAGUUGGAGAAAGCGGCUUGGCGUUGGGUGGAAAGUGUAACACCGGAGGAAAUCAGCCAGGAGCACAUCGAGCUAGCAUACCGCAUCAGUCUUCCGGCCUGCAAGAGAGGAACCUGCAGAAGGAACUGCAAAGGGAAUCCCAACUGUCUUGUUGGUAUUGGUGAACAGGCGUGGCUUGGAGAGAUUGAUGAAAACGCUUUCCACAAUAUUGAUGAUCCAAAUUCAGAGCGGCGGGAUAAGAACACAUUUGUUGGUUUGACCAAUCUGGGUGCAACCUGUUAUGUCAACACUUUCCUGCAAGUAUGGUUCCACAACCUGGAGUUACGACGGAGUCUCUAUCAGUGCUACAAUUCCCGAGCACAGGAGCAUAAGACAGAAUCGGAUUACGAGCCUCAGUCCAUAUGCGAGCAUCUGCAAUAUCUCUUUGCACUACUGCAGAAUAGCAACAGAAAAUACAUCGACCCUUCGGGGCUGGUCAAAGCUCUCGGCCUGGACACGGGACAGCAGCAAGAUGCCCAGGAGUUUUCAAAGCUUUUCUUGUCCCUUUUGGAGGACACAUUAUCCAAGCAGAAGAACUCCACCCUGCAAAAUGUAAUUCAGCAGCAAUUCUGCGGACAGUUUUCCUACGUAACUGUAUGUAACCAAUGUGGGCGGUCAUCUGCGCUGCCGUCCAGAUUCUAUGAACUGGAACUGAACAUCCAGGGCCACAAGAACCUUGCAGAGUGUGUCACAGAGUUCCUGAAGGAGGAGAAACUGGAUGAAGACAACCGUUAUUUCUGUGAGAGCUGUCAGAGUAAACAGAGCGCUACCCGGAGGAUCCGACUGCACAGCCUCCCUCCUACGCUCAACCUGCAGCUCAUGCGCUUUGUCUUUGAUAGACAAACCGGCCACAAGAAGAAACUCAACACCUACAUCAGUUUCCCUGAGCAAUUGGACAUGGCACCUUUUUUUGAAGUGAAAAAAGAUCAGAAGUGUGUGUAUGAGCUGAGUGCAGUGCUGAUCCACCGUGGCAUCAGUGCAUACUCCGGACAUUACAUUGCACACGUGAAGGACGCUCGCACCAGCGACUGGUACAAAUUCAACGACGAGGAAAUUGAAAGGAUGGAAGGCAAGAAGCUCCAGUUGGGUAUAGAAGAAGAUAUUGCGGAAACGGUGAAGUCUCAAAUACGAAAACCCAAGUGCAGUAAAGGCUUCCACUGCUCUAGAAACGCAUACAUGUUAGUGUACAAGAUCCAGCAAGAGGAGACAUCAGAUCCUACAAGGACCAUAGUUCAAGUGCCUGACUUCCUUCAGAGGUUGGUGGACCAAGACAACCAUAAAUUUGAAGAGUGGUGCAGUGAAAUGUCGGACAUGAGGAAACAGAGUGUGGAUAAGGGCAAAGCCAAGCAUGAAGAAGUGAAGGAGCUGUACGAGCUAUUACCCGCAAGAGACGGGCAGCCUUAUGAGUUCAUACCCCUGGAUUGGUUAAAGAAGUGGUUGGACGACUCCACGGCCACAAAGGAAAUUGACAACACGCACUUCCUGUGUUCUCACGGCAAACUGCAUCCCGACAAGGUGGGAGAUGUCAAGAGGGUUUCUCAGCGAGCCGGUCAAGUCCUGUACGAGCGCUACGGUGGAGGGCCGAAGCUGGACGGUUCCGCUCUGUGCCGAGAGUGUGUGGGGCAGCGAUGCCGAGUGCUGCGUCUCAAGAAUCGACUUAACGAGGACUACAAAGAAGUCUCCAAUCUUGUCAAACGCACCAGUGUCGAAGGUUACUGGGUGGGGAAGGCGUCCUUGCGUAGCUGGAGGCAGUUGGCUUUGGAGCAGCUGGAGGAGGACGAGCAUGAAGGCAAACCCAGCAAUGAUCAGAGCAAUGGGAAUGGCGCCCACGCCAACAGCAGCAAAGACGACAGCCCCGAGCUCUCGGAGAGCAACGAGGAGUCAAUGAAGAUGUUAAACGAAGACAUCGUCUGCAGCCACGGAGGUCUCAGUAUUAUGGAGACUGAACGGAAGCUGAUUUCUUCUGAAGCUUGGACCAAGCUGAGAGCAUACUUCCCCAAAGCCCUAGAAUUUACCCAAGACCAAAGUCCCUGUCAGCAGUGCCUGACACUGGAGCAGGAAGAAAAGGACAACGAAGCUGUGAGUAAGAUGAUGGCUUUGGACCAGAAGAACCAGCUACUCAACCUCUUCCAUGAGAAGAACCGGCCGACCCUCACCAAGUGGCCGCAGGAAACAGAUAUUCUUUACAUCGUCCCUCUGUUCUUUGUGGACGAGUGGCGAAAAUUCAUCAGGAGACCCACUAAAUCCUCCCCAGUGUCCAAUGUGGGCAACAGCCUGUUGGUUUGCCCGCAUGGAGGCUUCAUGUUCACCUACGACUCGCUCAUCAACGGAGACGCACAACACAUCGCUCUGCUGUGGCCCAGUGAAUGGGAGGUGAUAAGCAAACUCUUCAUGGUGGACCAGCCCAUCUCCAUCCACUGCCUGAAACAGACCACGCCCAAUGGUCCCACCACCAAAUACACCACCCAGCCUGAUCUGUGCUGGGAGUGCAGAGAAGGUUUCCUUUUCCAGCAGCAAAAAGACCUCCGAGAGUACACCCAAGCCACUAUUUACAUCCGCAAGAUCAUUGAAGACAAAAGGAUGAUUAAAGAGGCAGCUCCAGAGAUGAACGCCAGCAGCUCUGAGGCGGAGGAGGAGAAGGAGGAACAUUCCAAGGUAGAAGGAGGGAAAGAUCCAGACUUUAGCCAGCCACAAGAUGGCACAAAGCGGCUUAAACUGAGUGACGGCACCUUCACAGCAGCAGGAGCUGCUUCUCCGGGAAGCAACGCAGCCAAAGUGGGCGGGACCAGGAGAAGCACGCGGCACAGGAAGCUUCGAGGCGAGAAAGCCCUCAUCGUGUCUGCAAAUCAGACCCUCAAGGAGCUGAAAAUCCAGAUUAUGCACGCAUUCUCCGUGGCGCCGUUUGACCAGAACCUCUCCAUUGAUGGGAAAUGUCUGACGGAUGACUCCGCCACGUUGGGAAGUUUGGGUGUCAUCCCAGAGAGUAUCAUCUGUCUAAAGGCCGAUGAGCCAAUGGCAGACUUUGCUGCUAUGGAUGAUGUCUAUCAAGUGGGGAUGCCCGAGGAGGGGUUUAAAGGCACUGGUCUUCUUGGGCACUGAGGAGACGGGCGUUAUAGCAGUGUUUGACUCGGACAAAUGCUUGGAUUUUUCAAGUGUCUUUCGAUAAAUAAGUGCUUUAAUUUUCUUUUGAAAUCUUUUCGGUAGCCAUUUUUGAAACCCUGCUGGUUUGCGUGGGCACACAGUACGACUAGCUGGUCUUUGACGUCGCAAGGUCUCAGUCAGUCAGUCUGGACUCCCAUUGAACUUGUGUUUGACUACAGGCUAAGACAACCAAGUCCUCUGGUACUGGCCUUUAGUUUUACUGUUACUUUUGGAAUUUUUUUGUCUUUUGGUAUUUAAAUUAUGGAAGAAGAAGAAGAAGAAAGAAAGAGCAAUGUUCUUUCUUCCCAGGCGUGGAAACUUGUAUUGUCUGUAGAUUGUUCAGGUGUGUAAAGUGGAUACACAUGUAAAAAUUAUGUUGGUUUUUUUUUUUGCCUCUACAGCAAAUCAACAUCCAUAAUCCUCCAUUGGGAAUCUAAAGAUGGACAAUAUGUAUAGUAGUUGUGUCCUACAGAUAUGAUAGCAAUGCAAAUCUUUUGGGUUGAACGUUUGAAACCGAAUGCAAGCAGUGAGGCGCGGUGUUCUUUUCACUGUUAUUUCUUAUUGACAAUAAAGUUAUUUUUCAAA